CUUUAAACCAUUAUCUAGAACCUUUUCCUUUCUCUGUCUCAAACUGCAGUAGGAGCUAAUUAUCUAGAACCUUCCUUUCCUUAUCUUAAUCUUCAAUAGGAGCAAUACUCUACUUUAAACCAUUAUCUCGAACCAUCUCCGCCUCAACAUGCAGAAGGAGCUAAUACUCUACUUUAAACCAUUAUCUGGACUCGAACCAUCUCUGCCUAAACAUGCAGUAGGAGCUAAUACUCUACUUUAAACCAUUAUCUGGACUCGAACCAUCUCUGCCUAAACAUGCAAGGAGCUAAUACUCUACUUUAAACCAUUAUCAACAUUCGAACCAUCUCUGCCUCAGCAUGCAGUAGGAGCUAAUUAUCUACUUUAAACCAUUAUCUGGACUCGAACCUUCCCUGCCUAAACCUGUAUAUUUAUACCAGUAUUUGAGUAUUAUGGGAGUUUGCGAUGAAUUCUACAGUGUUGAUAUAAAUAUUUUAUACCGUAAAUUCCCCUGGUAAAUACUCCCAACCCAAACAAUUAUAUAAUAUUGAUUUAUUCUAGCGAAGCAUAAACAAUAAAACUCUUUGUUUCACGUUUAAAUUCAUUCAUUUUGAUUGAAUUUCAAUUAGCUCUCCUUCCUUUGCAUGAUAUUGGUUUCUAACUUGAAGUUUACACUUGGCUAAAGAAUACAAUGAUUAGAACAGUUAUGGUUGAUAUGAAUACCUCUAUAUUAUAAUGAUUAGUUGUGUAGUCCUGGUUCUACACCUAAAUAUACCGCGCAGCCAUUUAUGCAUCAGUUAUGACGGUAAUGUCUCCAAUCUGGUAAUUAUACACACCAGUAAACAUUAUAACACGGAGUUUCAGUCAUCAAUAUACUUCUUUAUACAGUGCACAGGGUAGAGGAUGGAUCUCAGUACUGUGUAUACAACUAGGGACGGAGAAAGAUUGAAUAUUAGCUCCGUGUAUAGAAGAGAAGUGUAUGAACAGGAGAAGAUGUUGCACCUGGAGGAGGAGGAGGAGGACGGGUUGAAGUCUCCUCUCUCUAUAUACACUGAGGAGGAGAGUAGAAGGCAGAGGAAGGCUAGAACUGCUUUUUCUGAUUCUCAACUCCAGCUUCUAGAAUCAACCUUUGAGCGUCACAAAUACUUGAAUGUAGAGGAGAGGACGGGUUUGGCCAGGAAACUUGGUCUCUCUGAUACCCAGGUUAAAACCUGGUUCCAGAACAGAAGAACUAAAUGGAAAAGACAAACUUCCCUAGGUUUAGACCUAGAGGGAGAGAGUACUCUAGAACCUGGAGAAGAGCUUCAAAGAUCCUACCUUGAGCUGUAUUAUAACAGACUGAGAUCAAUGCAGUAUCUUCCCCUGAUGUUUCCUCAGCAUCAAUAUUCAACAUAUCUGGCUCAACUAGCAUCUAGAGCUAGAUCUUUAUCUGAACUUUCAUUAGCUCCAUCCACCUCCCCUCCUCAUUCCUCAUCCUCUCCACCUCCCUCCUGCUCUUCUCCCGUUCCAACCUCUCCUAUAAACUUAUCUCUCCCGGAGAAAACAAUCUCGUUAAAACGUCCUUCUCAGUCUUCUCCGGAAUAUUCUGAGAGAAAGCGCUAUCACUCUUCAUCUUCUCUAUCUCCUGAAACCCCUCCGCGUAGAAUCUCCAACUCAUCUUCUCUGAUAGAACUCGGAGAGGAAAAAGACAAGGACGAAGCUGAGAGCUACAAGACUCCAGUGGAGGAUGAAACUGGGAUAUGGAGAAACGAACCUAGGAAAACGGAUGAAUAAAAUCCUCAUCGCUCCAACGAAAAAAGUUCAAAAGAAAAUUAAUCAUAAAAAUAUUAUGUUUUUUAAGCGCUGAAAUUCAGUAUUUGAUAAUCUUUAAAUCAACAUAGAUCUCUUUUAACCGGUUCAUAUAUUUAACAUCAACUGUGUGUGUAAAUAUUAUUUGACAGAUUUUAAUGUAAUA